AGAAUCUUAAUGGCACCACAAAUAAGUAGGCCAGGGAUCAAGUUGCUAAAUUAUUUAAUUUCUGAGCAUCAUGAAACAUUCAUUAACUUGGCUCAUAGUAACUUGACCCCAAAAUUCCAUCACUUGUUACACUACGCCAACGCUGUAGAGCACUUGGGACCUCUUAAACAAUAUUGGUGCAUGCGGUUUGAAGCAAAGCAUCGAUUGGCAAAAACUAUUGGCAAAAACUCGUACAAUUUCAAAAAUAUUUCCAAGACUAUUGCAAGGCGCAUAUCACUUAACAUUGCAUUUUCACUAUGUGAAGAAGUAGGCAGUGGAAUAAAUUACAAGUCCGGGUCAAGGACAAUGUUUAACGAUUUGAAGGUUGUGUUCGAUUUUCUAAACUCUCCAUCAAUCCAAACGACGAUGUACUUAUUGUUGACUCGCUCACAAUUAAUGGCACAAAAGUUAAAUCUGGAAAUUAUUUCAUUUUGAAUGACUCUGCUUCCGAGUUGCAAUUUUGGCAAAUUUGUUUGUGCUUAAUUUAUGACGAGAAGGCUCAUGUUGUUGGAAAGCUGGUAAAAUGUGAAGAAUAUUUUUUUAAUUCAUUUUUGUUUAAAAUAUCUGAUUUUGGGAAACCGAUUUUAAUUGACCCUAAAACCCUAGAGUUAGAAUAUCCAUUAUUGGUUGUCAACAACCUGGAUGACCCGCAUGGUGAUGGUUUAAUUUGUUGCCCAAUUGAAUUAGUUUAAAAGAAUUUUUUGUACAUAUGUAUAUAUAGUUAGGGAAAUCUAGCUCAGAGACUGAACAGCGAGCAGAGCGAGCACAAGUGGAGGAAACAAUGAAAAUAAUAGUUAUUGACAACAAUAUUAGCGUCAAUUCUCAAAAUUCUGAGAGUGUUGGAGAUUUGACAGUGGAUCAAGCGGAAGCAGUUGUUAUUUUGCAACCAUUAUUUGAUAUCAAGUCGAUUAUUUUAAAGUCUGACGAGGAGAAAGGUACAACAAAAGGCAAGCAAUUGUUAGAAGAAAUUGGAGAAACUAAUGUCAUCAAUUACCGCAUUAAGACCGUAAUUAAACGCCGCAUUGUUAAUUAUCUUGUCAAGCAGUACAGCUAUUAUCCAUCCAAGCACGAGAAACAAAACCUCGCAGAAUGUGUGGCAUCUCAGUUAUUUCAAAAUUUAUCAAAUCAGCAACAAAAGGAUAUUAUGAAUUUAUUUUAUAGUCCGUCGACAGUCAUCAUAUCAAAUUCGACAGGAUCAAGUGUCCGAAAAAGAAUUCCAGCAUCAGGACUAAUUGAAGAAAGGUUAAGGCAUUUACGGAAGAAGUACAGCGUUGGAUUGUCAAUAAAUGUCGUCAGCAGUAGCUCUGAAUCAUACGCUCCGUCAGAAGACGACGAAGGGAAAAAAUCUUGGCUGGCUUACUCAUCUAGUCCCCAGAGUCAGGUUUUAGAAUAUAUGGCGCAAACCUACCCUAUGAGGACGGCAGAGAUUCGGAAUACAAAGGAUAUUUCGGUAACCCUUUCGCAGUGGCCUCGUCUACUAGAAACUGUUGGAAUGAUUGAUCAAGAUUUCUCCUUUCGCCACCCAGAGAAAAAUGAGCUGAUGCUUCGAAACUGGACUCAAAUAGGUCAACAAAUUUGGCAAGCCGCUAAAAAUACAAAAUUAGACGUUACAAACGAGCUUGGAGUUGAACAGCAUAUCAAUAAUUGGACAACUGACCAAGUCAACAACGGCUCACUUAUUUUGCUACCGUAUUUAUUGUCGAAUUCUGCAUAUACUCGAAGUGGAAAGAAAAGGCGUAGAAUUACAGGAGGACAGUCUUCCUAUUUUUUCCUCCAGUUUGUAAAUGCAACUGAAGACUUGGAAGCAUUUCGAUUAUCGGAAUUGACCAGGAAGCAGCCAUUUGUUUUGUGCGUCGGAAAUUUGAAAACGUUGACCAUUCAGCAAGCAUACAUCAUGGUAGAACGACGACUCAUAGCUGCGGAAACUCUCGUCAAGGCGGUGGAUACAUGCUUCAAAAUAUUCCAUGUAUUACAAUUGCAAUUUCCUGAAGAAUGCUACGGCGUUUGGAGUUUUUUCGACCACUCAGUAUUCAAAAUCAACGAAAUUACAGCUCCUCCAUCUUGCGUUUUAUCACUUAGCUCUCAAAUAAUAUUUUAGAUAAUUUAUCUUAUGCUUUCAUGCGUUUAUAAUUAUCAGUAUUUUUCGUACGCUUAAUUAAUUACAUAUACAUAAAUAUUAAUUCUUAUGUGUGAAAAAUGUAAUGAAUAUUGUAAAUUAUGCUAAUGGUUUAAAUAAAGGUGUAAUAUUUAA